AUGGCACAACCACGGCUGCACGGUGUGGAAGACGUGGAGGCCCGGCGCCAGCACCUGACACCCUAUCAGGCGCGCGCCCCUGCCGGUUGUCGGCCCGGUGCGGGCCGCAGUGCGGUCAGGCGACCGGCCGCUGCACCGGACCGGACUCUGGUCCAGACGGACCAGGGCUGCAGCAGUGAUCCAGGCAGCAGUGGCUGCGUCUGCAGUGCGGCCGCGGCGGCUCUCCCGCAGGUGCGCUUUUCGGAGCCGAUGCUGCCGCCGGGGCAUCUGCAGGUGAGGCCGCCGCCGGGCCAGGAGUCGCCCCCGAGCGACGAGACGCGGUUCGACGUGGGCGAGCCUCUGUCGCCUCCCGACUUCACCACAGGCGCCCAGCUGCCGCUGCCGCCGGGCCGGCCAACCGGCGAUUUCGUGCAUAUCGUGCGCGACGGCGGCUGUUACAGUGCCGUCGGCCACCUGGGCGGAAACCAGACGCUCUCGCUCGACAACGGCUGCUUCUUCCGCGGCGUGGUGCUGCACGAGCUGCUGCACGCCGCAGGGCUCUGGCACGAGCAGAGCCGCCCCGACCGCGACCAGCACGUGCGCGUGCACAGCGAGAACGUGGCGGCCGGCCAGCUGGUGCAGCUGCAGUCGUACGAACGCGUGCCGAAGCCGCCGGAGACGGCGUACGACCUCGGCUCGCUGAUGCACCUCGGUCGGUGGGCCUUCUCCUCGGGCGGCCGGGCUACGAUGUCGGCGCUGCGCGACCCGACCCAAGCGCUCGGCCAGCGGGUGCGCCUGAGUGAGGCGGACGCGCGCGCCGUCAACCGGCUCUGCCGGGACCAAAGUGAGCACUGCGGCUGGUGGGCGCGUCGCGGCGAGUGCGCCAGGAACCCCGACUACAUGCACAGCUCCUGCGCCAAGGCCUGCUUCACCUGCACUGGGGCUGGCUGCUACGACCUGCACCGCGACUGCAGCCGCUGGGCCAAUCUGGGCCAGUGCGACGCGCGCGCCACCUAUAUGCGGGUGUACUGUCGGCGCGCCUGCACGCUGUGCCCGCCAGAGGAGAGGCCGGCCCACUGUCGCGACCGCAUCGGCCUCUGCACCCACUGGCUGCAGGCCGGCGAGUGCGGGCGCAGCCCACAGUUCAUGGCAGAGCAUUGUCCGCUGUCGUGCGGGCUCUGCAGCCUGUGA